AUGGGCGCAGCUUGUUGCCGAAAAAGCGUAGCUGAAAACGAAAGACUUAUGUCUGAAAAACUCAAAGAAAUCAACGAAGAAGAAAAAACUGAAGUAAUUUCUCCAACUCGUACAAGUAAAGGGUAUAUUUCGCUUGUUAACAACUUCAAAAACCCUAAAAAAGAAAAGAAGGCUAUUUCAGGAAUCGGUGGCUUUGAAAAUUUAGGGAAAACUUGCUAUAUAAAUGCAGUGCUUCAGUGCCUUUGCAAUACAAAUCCAUUGGCGGAUUAUUUCUUGAGUGGGUUAUUUAAAGAAGAGAUGUGCUUUCAAAACAGAGAUAAUUCAUCCGCAGAGCUGAUUUAUGCGUUUGCAGAAAUCAUAAGAACUCAAUGAAAGGCAAAUUAUGACUGUAUAGUGCCUAAAUUGCCCACUAAAAAUUUUUUUCAUAGAAAAUUUAUUUAAUAUUUUUUUUAAUUUUUUUUUUAUUUUUUAAAGAAGAAGGUUAAGCAUUUCGUUGAAAUUGUCCAAAAAAAUACUCAAUUUGCACAAGAAGAGGAGCAUGACGUUCAUGAAUUUCUUACUUUUUUUAUGGGGAAAAUGAAUGAGCUGCUCAAUAGAGCCAACACAAAUUCAUCUUCACCAGUCCCCGAAUGCAAUGGAGAUACAGAUGAACACCAAGCUGCACAAGCCUGGCAUGAUCAUUUGAAAUCUACAAGUUCCGUUAUAGUUGAUUUAUGCCAAACUGAAUUAAUGAAUCUCUUUCAGUUCAUAUUUAUUAUAAAAAUUGGUGAUUAUAAAAAAAUUAAUUUAAUACUGUAUAUUUCAUGGGCAAUUAAAAUCAACAUUAAAAUGCACACAAUGUGACCAAAUUUCUCAAAAUUUCGAGCCUUUUAUGUCAAUUUCUUUACCUAUAAGUGCUAAUAAAGGCACCUCACUAAAGCAAUGCUUAAAAGAUUUCACAAAAAAUGAAAGCUUAGAGCAAAGCUGGUUCUGCUCAAAAUGCAACAAGCAGGUGACUGCCACGAAAAGUUACAGCAUUUGAAAGGUUCCGCCGAUUUUAAUUUUCCAGCUAAAAAGAUUUCAUUUCACCCCAGAAAUUCAGGAAAAAAUUAAAACUGAUAUAAACCAAUCUGUAUUGAAUUUUAAUUUAAAAGCUAUAAAGACAUAAAUUAUAUUAAAAUUAUGUAUUAGCUAUAAAUUUCACAUAUAAAUAGUAUAGGAUUUCCUCUAAAAAGUCUUGACUUAGCUGAAUAUGUAGCUGGCCCACAAAAAACUCCUCCAAAAUACGACUUAUACGCAGUCGUUAACCACUCUGGAAAAUUAACAGAAGGGCACUAUUUCACUUAUUCCAAAAACAAAAAUGACCAAAGAUGAUACAAAUUCGAUGACGAUAUGGUCGAAGAAAUGAGCGAAGAUGCUGUAGAAAGCAACAAAGCUUAUUUACUAUUUUACUAUAACGCAACCCCAAAAGAAUUUUUCAGACAAAGCAGAACUUUACCACAGUUUUGGCCACAUGUCUUAACUAGUGAAGUAUCCCCACCUCUGCGCAUAUUUUUUAUUUAAAAAUAUUUGCCUUUGCUAUAUUUAUUUUUUACUAGUAUAAAAAUUAAAAUUUUUCAGAAAAAAAAAAUAAAAGCCACACCUCCCAUUAUGAAAAGGCCUCAAACACUUAAUAUAAGCUCAAUUGUAGAUAAACAGAAUAAAAGAAGAAACAGUGAAGAUAUAAUGGAAUGUCUAAAUCCUCCGUCGUUCAGUUUUUCUGGCGUCAGUGCAGAGAGUUGGGCUGGGGUCGAUAAAACAGGCGCUGAAGGAGAAAUUUUGUUUAAAAAACUUUUAAGAUAA